AGAAGGGAUGAAGGGAGGGCAGAAACUUCGCUCCUGCAUGUUGACAAUUACACACUUUUUAUUCCUAUUGAAACUAUAUAUUUUAGCCAUUCAUUGAACUUAGAUAUAAGUCACAUUCGUCUGUCAUAUUAACGUGAUUUUACGAAGAGGAGGAGGUGAAAGAGGGACAGGGGCUAUUCCAAUUCAAACUCCAAAUUACAGUAUGGGGAAAGACACCUGCCGUGAUCAGGCGCGGCUAGCGCGCUAACAUUAGCCGUCGGGGGAGUUCAAAAGUACAAGCCAGCACAACAAGGCGACAGGACAGAGGAAACCUGGAUUACAAAACUCGAUGGGAAUGUUAUCAUAUUUAACCGGAGACAUUCAGUCUUAACCUGCGCUGAUGUGACUAGUUCUCGUGAGAACGAGCUCUUUUAUCUGGGAUCAUGUCUGUGAACGACCUCUAUUCUAAGUACACCCGGGUUUGGAUACCUGAUCCAGAAGAGGUCUGGAAGGCAGCAGAAAUCAUCAAGGAUUAUAAGGAGGGAGACUCAGUCCUUCUCCUCAAAUUAGAAGAUGAAUCGACGUUAGAAUAUUCAAUUGGUCCCAAAAAAAAUCCACUUCCAUUUCUUCGGAAUCCUGAUAUUCUGGUUGGUGAGAAUGACCUCACGGCUCUCAGCUACCUUCACGAGCCAGCUGUGCUCCACAAUCUUAAGGUUCGCUUCCUGGAGUCCAAUCACAUUUACACUUACUGUGGAAUUGUUCUGGUUGCUAUCAACCCUUACGAGCAGCUACAGAUCUAUGGAGAAGAAGUCAUCAAUGCAUACAGUGGGCAGAACAUGGGGGACAUGGACCCUCAUAUUUUUGCUGUGGCAGAGGAAGCUUACAAACAGAUGGCCAGAGAUGAGAAGAACCAGUCGAUAAUCGUGAGCGGAGAGUCUGGAGCUGGUAAAACCGUUUCUGCAAAGUACGCCAUGCGCUUCUUCGCCACAGUAGGGGGUUCAGCCAACGACACCAACGUCGAAGAGAAAGUACUUGCCUCCAGCCCCAUUAUGGAGGCCAUUGGAAAUGCAAAAACCACCCGUAAUGACAACAGCAGCCGCUUUGGGAAAUACAUCCAGAUUGGUUUUGAUAAGAGAUUUCACAUCAUUGGUGCCAACAUGCGAACAUAUCUUCUUGAGAAGUCUAGAGUAGUAUUUCAGGCUGAGGAAGAGAGGAACUACCAUAUUUUCUACCAGCUCUGUGCAUCAUCAUCUCUUGCAGAAUUUACAGAUCUUGUCUUGACCAGCGCAGAAGACUUCACCUACACUUCUCUUGGUGAAAACAUAUUCAUUGAGGGAGUGAAUGAUGCAGAAGACCUUGUGAAGACAAGAGAGGCUCUCACGCUGAUUGGUGUGAAAGAGGUUCAUCAAUUGAGCAUCUUUAAGAUUAUUGCCUCCAUCUUGCACCUGGGUAACGUGGAGAUUGUGUCAGAGAGAGAUGGAGAAACCUGCCAUAUCAAUAGGGAUGACACUCACCUGCAGCAUUUCUGUCGGCUACUGGGUAUCGAGCAGGAGCAGAUGGAGCACUGGCUCUGCCGCAGGAAGCUGGUGACCACUUCCGAGACUUAUGUGAAGAACAUGGCAUAUGCCCAGGCAGUCAAUGCCCGAGAUGCCCUUGCCAAACACAUCUAUGCCCACCUCUUUGACUGGAUCGUAGAGCAUAUUAAUAAGGCCCUGCACACCUCCACCAAACAACACUCAUUUAUCGGCGUGCUGGAUAUCUACGGAUUUGAAACAUUCGAGAUCAACAGCUUUGAGCAAUUCUGUAUUAACUAUGCCAAUGAGAAACUACAGCAGCAGUUCAACUCGCAUGUGUUUAAACUGGAGCAAGAGGAGUAUAUGAAGGAGCAGAUCCCCUGGACACUUAUAGAUUUUUAUGAUAACCAGCCAUGCAUUGACCUCAUUGAAGCCAAGCUCGGCAUCCUGGAUCUUCUCGACGAGGAGUGUAAGGUGCCCAAAGGAACCGAUCAGAACUGGGCGCAAAAGCUGUACAGCCAGCACACACGCAGCGAGCAAUUUGAGAAGCCCAGAAUGUCCAACCGCUCCUUCAUUGUGGUCCACUUUGCAGAUAGGGUUGAGUAUCUUUGUGAUGGCUUCCUGGAGAAGAACAGGGACACUGUCUAUGAGGAGCAGAUAAACAUCCUCAAGGCCAGCCAGUUCCAGUUGGUGGCGGAUCUAUUCCAGGAUGGUAAAGAAGUUGCCAAGCCCUCCAAGAUCAACGUCCGGGCCGCCAAGCCCAUGCCAAAAGGCCACAACCGUGAGCACAGAAAAACUGUGGGCACCCAGUUCAGGAACUCUCUACAUCUUCUGAUGGAAACACUGAAUGCGACCACUCCUCAUUAUGUGCGCUGCAUUAAACCCAAUGAUGUAAAGGAAGCUUUUGUAUUCGAUUCUAAAAGAGCUGUUCAACAACUACGAGCAUGUGGAGUUCUGGAGACCAUCCGUAUCAGUGCUGCUGGAUAUCCAUCCAGAUGGACGUAUCCAGAUUUCUACAGCAGAUAUCGGGUGCUCAUGACAAAGAAGGACAUGACCAAUGGGGAUAAGAAGCAGGUCUGUAAGAAUCUGCUGGAAACCUUGAUCAAGGAUCCAGAUAAGUUCCAGUUUGGAAAGACUAAGAUUUUCUUCAGGGCAGGUCAGGUGGCCUAUCUGGAAAAGCUCAGAGCAGAUAAGUUCCGCUACGCCUGCAUUAAGAUCCAGAAGACGGUGCGAGGAUGGCUACAGAGAAACCGCUACCGUAAGAUCCGCAAGUCUGCCAUCACACUACAGAGAUAUGGUCGGGGUUAUCUGGCACGCAGGUUUGCCGAGAUGCUUCGUCUCACCCGAGCAGCACUUAUAUGUCAGAAACAGUACCGGAUGGUACGAGUUCGGCGGGAGUAUCUAAGAAUCCGUCGGGCUGUCAUCACCAUUCAAGCUUUUGCCCGGGGCAUGUUUAUCCGCAGGAUAUAUCAGGAGUUCAUGCUUCAUCACAAAGCCAUGAUCAUACAGAAGACUGUCCGUGGGUGGCUCGUGAGGAAGAAGUACCUCCACUCUCGAAAUGCUGCCAUCGUCAUCCAGUGUUUCUACCGCCGCGUGCGUGCCAAGCGCCAACUUAAACAGCUCAAGAUAGAGGCCCGUUCAGCCGAACACUUUAAAAACCUCAGUGUCGGAAUGGAGAACAAAAUUGUGCAGCUCCAGAAGAAAAUUGAUGUUAAGUCAAAGGAGUAUAAAACUCAGAAUGAGCAGCUGGUUGUUGUCAAUACUACUCUGGGCUCAGAAGUCAAUAAACUCCAGAAGGAACUGGAGACCCUUCGCAGUCGGCAAACCGCUGGCUCCUCACUGCAGGAGGAGCUUGAGAGGCUGAGGGCAGAGCUCCAGGAAGCCCACACCCAGAGGAAGCAGAUAGAGGAGGAGUUCAACAAUGAAAAACAGGGGCUCGAACAGAGGGUGAAGGAGCUGGAGAAAGAGAACACGCUCUUGAAGAAGGAAAAAGAAGAGACAAACCUCAAAAUCCAGACCUCCACUCAGGGUCAGGGAGGCGAUGUGUCUCAGAUAGAAAUCCGUCUGCGGGCUGAACUGGAUGAGGAGAGACUGCGCUAUCAGAACCUGCUGAAAGAAUGCUCCAGACUGGAGCAGAGAUAUGAUAACCUGCAGGAGGAUAUGAAGUUCCACCCCGGCCAUCGCCGUAACCCUUCCAACCAGAGCAGUCUGGGUUCAGACUCCAACUACCAAUCCAUCAGCAUGUCUGAAGUUGACACUGAUGAAACCAUCCAGCAGGUGGAGGAAAUGGGCAUAGAGAAGGCCGCCAUGGACCUCAGUGUGUUCAUGAAGUUGCAGAAGCGGGUGCGAGAGCUGGAGCAGGAGAGGUUGAGGCUGCAGACCAACCUGGAGAAAGUGGAGUUGCGCAAGAGCCAGGGUAGUGAGGCCAACAGUCCUACGUCAGAGGACAUAAACCCAGACCUGGCUUACAACAGUCUGAAGAGGCAAGAGUUGGAAUCUGAGAAUAAGAAGUUAAAGAAUGACCUGAAUGAGUUGAGGAAAGCGUUGGCCGACAGGGCCUCCGAGAACAACUCGUCCAAUGAGCUUCAGGAGAGCUACAACCUGCUGCUCAAUCAACUCAAAGCAGCCAGUGAGGAGUUGGAUGUGCGUAAGGAGGAAGUGCUCAUGCUCAAGGCCCAAAUCGUCAACUCCAGAAGCCAGUUAGAUAAUACGAAUCACAUUGAUUCCAAUGAUGUAUCGGAAUGGACCGACAACAAAAAGCCCCUGGUGGAUGCUUCAGAUGCACAUGAGUCAAAGAAAAAAGCACAAGAUUGGGGUUAUUUGAAUGAAGAUGGUGAGCUUGGCCUGGCCUACCAGGGUCUAAAGCAAGUUGCCAGGCUGCUGGAGGCUCAGCUGCAGACACAGUCUCGUCAACACCGGGAUGAACUAGAAGCUCUCCACACACAGAUUGAACUGCUGAAAGAUAAUCUAGAGAAGAAGCAGGAGAUGCUGAACAACUUCUCCACACUCUCUCCUGAAGCUCUGGUGGAGUUCAGCAUACAGCAGGAGAUCACACGACUCACCAAUGAUAACCUGGAUCUCAAAGAACUUGUGGAGAAGCUGGAGAAGAAUGAGAAGAAGCUGAAGAAGCAAUUGAAGAUCUAUAUGAAGAAAGUGCAGGAGUUUGAAGUAACUCAGGUAAGUAAGAGCCGGCCAGAAUUGACCCGGCAGGUCACUGUACAGAGGAAAGAGAAGGACUUUGAAGGCAUGCUGGAGUACUACAAAGAAGAUGAGGCCUUGCUGGUGAAGAAUUUAGUUACAGACAUGAAGCCCCAUGUUGUGUCAGCCACUGUUCCCUGCCUCCCUGCCUACAUCCUCUUUAUGUGCGUCCGCCAUGCUGACUACAUCAACGACGACCAGAAACUUCACUCACUUCUCACCUCAACCAUCAACGCCAUCAAAAAGAUCCUGAAGAAAAACAACGACUUUGAGAUGACCUCCUUCUGGCUGGCAAACACCAGUCGACUACUUCACUGUCUGAAGCAGUACAGUGGGGAUGAGGCUUUUAUGACCCAGAACUCUGCCAAGCAGAAUGAGCACUGCCUGAAGAACUUUGACCUGGCGGAGUAUCGACAGGUUCUGAGUGACCUUUCCAUUCAGAUCUAUCAGCAGCUUGUCAGAGUUGCAGAGGGCAUCAUGCAACCCAUGAUUGUGUCUGCAAUGCUUGAGAGUGAGAGCAUCCCCAGUCUGGCCGGUGUGAAGCCUAUGGGUUACAGGAAACGCUCGUCUAGUUUUGACUGUGAGGAGGGGGGUCCAGUGGGCUACACGCUGGAGGCCUUGAUCAGGCAGCUGGGACAGUUCUACACCACCAUGGCAGAUCACGGCCUGGACCCUGAGAUCGGCCAACAGGUGGUUCGGCAGCUCUUUUACUCCAUGAAUGCGGUGACCCUCAACAACUUGCUGCUGCGCAAAGAUGUUUGCUCCUGGAGUACUGGCAUGCAGCUCAGGUACAACAUCAGUCAGUUGGAGGAAUGGCUGAGGGGAAAGAAUCUGCACCAGGGUGGCGCUAUAGCCACCAUGGAGCCACUUAUCCAGGCCGCCCAACUGUUGCAAGUGAAGAAGAAGACCUCCCAAGAUGCUGAGGCCAUUUGCUCUCUCUGUAAUGCUCUUAGUCUGCAGCAGAUUGUGAAGAUUCUGAACCUGUACACACCACUAAAUGAGUUUGAGGAGAGAGUCACUGUGUCCUUCAUCAGAGACAUACAGAAUCGCCUCCAAGAUCGGAUAGAAAUCAACCAACUCCUUGUGGACACCAAGUACACCUUCCCCGUUCUCUUCCCCUACACCCCCUCAGCGCUCAGUCUGGAGACCAUACACAUCCCUGCAUCCCUCAGCCUGGACUUCCUCACACGGGUCUGAGAUCUCAAUCUCUCUGUUUCACUCUAUAUUCUACUGAGUCAGACCUGCGACCUGCAGAGAGAAGCUCAGGCACAUCACAGAUCUGCUGAACCACCUACAAACAUCUCCAUCUUAUUAUGGAUAAUCUCCUUGAACAACUUACUAUGGUGUCGAGACGCUGUAGUUUCAGUGUGUGUUCAGUGAAGGAUUGAGUCAGGCUGGUGCAUGCAUGGUGUACAUAAGCUGUCUGCUUUUUUUAUUUUACUUGUAUAACUCUCAACUCUGGUUUUCUCAGGGGUCAAUUUAAUCCAACCGGGUUAAUACAAGCAAAGCUACAGGCCAUUCUUGGAGAGAGAGAGAAAAGAAAACACUAUAUUUGGACUGGGAUGUCUUUCACUAAUUCUUAUGAUUACAUAACUUCAAUCUAAAUGAUUAUAUGAGGGGUUUGGGCUACUGAUAAAACACUAAUGCAGGAUUUAUGUGCCAGCACAUUUAUUUAUCUGUAUUAGUAUGCACUGAUUUGUGUAUUUUAUUCCCUUUUGCUUGUGUCGGAGCACACUCUCAUCUCAUUCACAGUGAUUUUUCUUUCCUUAGCAAAAGGAAGCAGAAGAAAUCUCUGCAUUGCAGUGAAUCAGUCUUUCCAAACAGGCUAUUUCUUUACAUUUUUUCUGUUCUUUUGGAGACACAAAUUCAGAGACAUUGGGAUCUGAAUUGGUCAGAGCCACCAAAGCAAGCCCGAUCUGCUCUUCUGAUGGGCAAUGGCAAGUUAAAGUAUGUGGAGUAGAGGACGUCUGUUGUAUGAGAGGACUUUGAGCUGGGAUAUUUCAUAAUCUUAACAAAAAUCAAAUGAUAGCUGUUUGUUGGGGGAAUAUUGAAUGUGCUGGAGGGGAAAGCAUUUGCUAGUCAGGUGAAGAAAUGUAUCACAAGUGCAUCGAGGCUUGAUAUACACAGAUUAUUUAUUUGGUGUGCAGGAAAGAUGUACUUACAACGCCAGACAGUUUCAUAAGAACAAAUUUCACAUCAUACUUUGUACUUUUGCACAGCUCUGUAAAUGAUUAUGUGCAAUCAAAUAGCAAUAACCACAAGCAAUGUUUACUUUAAAAAAGAAUAAAUAAAAUUGUAUAAAAUCUUUUACAGUGGAUUUUACCCCCUUUUUCUACGUUAAAACACAAAAAUUACACUUGAUCUCUGGAUAUCACUUCCUGGAUUGAAAUAGUUAUUUGAAUGCCAAUCAAGUUAUGACUGUGGAUUUUCAUAGUUUAUUGAUAUGUAAGUGUGUAUAUAUAUGAGUGAUUUUACGUUUGAAAUUAAUUUUGCAUUGGGUUUUCGUAGUACAAUCCUGUUUGAUUUGUGUGCCUUGAAAAUGUAGUCCUGGUUUAGGGUUGUCUUCAUUUUUUACUGCUCUCCACUGACUAUAUUUGUAACUUCAUAUCUGGAGCACUAGCCAACAAUUACAAAAACUGUUGCAUUGAGCCAACAAAUAUAUUUUUCAUAGUUACUGAUACCUUAACACAGCUCUCACACAUUUGAGGUAGACAACAUGUUUGCAGUGAUUUGUAUUUUUUGUGAAAAUCCAGCAUUUGGUAUACAAUUUCUCCCUGUAUCGCAGAUCAAACUUUUGUAUUACACUAAAAUAGCCAUGUUAGGUUCUAGAACGGAUCUCACACUUACUAUAGUAAGUCACACUAGAACUGUCACAUAUGCUUUAAUUUAUUCAGCCUUCAGUUUUCAUGCUAUUGAAAUGUAACUUGUUGCAUUAAGAGUUUAACAUUGAUGAAAUCAAUUCACUAAAAGUAAUAGUCCCUGACUUAAUCAAUAAAAUUAAUAGUUGCUGCCCAAGAGGUAAAGAGGUGUUUUCAGCAUGGCUAGGAAAGAAAUACAGAAAUAGACAAAUGCUUUAAAUCUGCACCAAAACAUAUACUAAAUGGUUGCAUCGAUUCUAAAUGUAUUCGGAAACAAAAAGGAAUCCACACAUCUAGUCAAAUUGUAAAACCAAAGAAUCAUGAGGCUUUCAGUCUAAGAUCCCAGAUCAAACAAAUUUUACUUAAGAGUCACAGAAUCCAUCAUGUGUCGAGCCCUGUAUUGACCAAUCAGGAUCCAGGACAUUAAAUAAAUUGUAAUAGGUCCAGUAAUGUAUU